AUGUAUCUUGAGAGAGUUGAUCCAGUCUUGAAGAUCAUACAUGCCCCGACUGUGCAACGGGACAUUAUGGGAUUUAUACGAGACAAAUCGCAUCUUGGCCCAACCCGUCAUAUUCUCUUCUUCGCCCUUUACUACACCUCUGUGAUCACAAUAUCAGAAGAGGAAUGCGGGGAAGAGCUUCAGCACUCGAAAGGAGAAGCUUUGAAAAGAUUUCGGGACGAGCUAGAGAGGUCCCUAGAACGGUCUGAUUUGCUCAACACAUCGGAUAUAGCCAUUCUCCAAGCUUUUGUGCUGUACAUCGUCUGUGGCAGAUGCGACAAGCAAGGGCCAGAUACAAAGCGCUUGACAGAGGUCGCGGUCAAAAUCGCGUUUCAGAACGAGCUGCAUCGGGAUGGUCUGGAGCUCGACAUUUCUCCCUUCGAGGUUGAGAUCAGACGUCGAUUAUGGUGGCAGAUUUGUAUUCUAGAUGUGCGGACUGCCGAAGACAACGGCUCAGAUCCACUUAUCCUCUCUACAUCUUUCACCACACGGUUCCCUUCCAAUGUCAACGACGCGAGCCUCCACCCAGACAUGAGUGAGAUGCCUCAAGCAACUCUCGGAAGAACAGAAAUGUCUUUCACCCUGGCCAGAUUUGAAGGGAGCAAUUUUGCACGCCGAAUAGUCUUCUCCGAAAAAUUCUGUCAAGAGAAUUCCCACGAGAUCUUGACAGCUUCUGAGAAAUGCGUGGCUAUCAACGGGUUUAGAGAGCAGAUCGAGCAGCAACAUCUGUCAGAUUUGGACAAGAGUAUCCCGUUGGACUUUAUCACAGCCGCAUCUAUUCGCCUCAUUCUCGUCAAACUUAAACUUACGUAUGAAAAGGGGAAGCAAUGGCUUUGGCUUUUCCAGACAUACCUUGAGUGGGACGCCCUGUCCUAUCUAUUCAUCAACUUGUCGCUAGUGCCAGUAGGAGAUGAUGUGAACUUAGCAUGGAGCGCUGCUAGUGACAUUUAUGAGUACUGGAAGAACCGCAGCGACAUGUUUCUCGACCGCCGUUGGGGAAACAUCGAAGAACUGCGUUUCCAGGCUUUGCAUGCUAGGAACCUGGUGCAAAGGGAGCCUAGCGUCUUUGUGGCAACACCAGUUGAUGCUUGUGAUUCUGACCACCUUGAUUUAAUUGCAUUGGGAUCUCCAGGCCAGCGCGUACCAGCCACUCAAUCGGAAGUCACUUCGCCCAUGUUGCAAGGUGGCAUCACACAAAGCUUAGAAGUCCCAAGUGCUGGAACGGGUUGCCAAUGGAGUGCGGGAAUCUUCGAGAGAUACUUUGAAGUUUUAGAUUCGGAGCACGAUUUGCGAAACUCGUGGCUUUAG